UUGAAACGAAACGUCGUAGUCUGAGCGAACUCUUGAAUUUUUAAGCUUUAUCGUUCUGCAAGUUACCACCGGUUAUUUAAUACUCGGUGACUGUUCCUCUGAAUGCAGAUGCACCCGCGUGCAUUCUACAUGUCUAUACUUGUCAUCCUUGUGACUGAUGGCGCUUGUUGCGACGACAAUACGAGGUGGUACACAGGCCUACGUACUGUGCUUAAGAAUUGCCCACUGGAAUCCUGGAACAGCUCGUGGCAAGAUGAAUUUCUAGAGAAGUUUCGCAAAUGCGUGCAGGAGCAUGCGCUGGCUGCUUUGGAUUCCCUUUUAACCGACGAUAUUAUACCAGUCUUCGCGGGGUUGGAUUUAGUGAGAUUCCAGGAAGACAGGAACUUUACGGAUAAUUACAGAGAGAGUGAAAUAGGAGAUGAUACCAAUUGGACAGCCGUUAUUGUGAAGCGAUUGUUACGAAUUUUACGUACUCACGUGUUCAAAGUGGACGUGGACCAUUUCACCAGUCAUAUUAUUUCCCUUGUUAAUAACGAAGAAACCGACGUAGAUAGUUACAAGUUCGAAGGACGCAGACGUCACCGUCGCAGACACAACCACAUGGUGCCGUUGAUGAUGAUGGGCUUCCUGCUGAUGGGUUCGAUCUUGAUACCAAUGGGUUUUCAGUUCCUCGCGGUUCUCGGUGGCAAGGCGUUGCUCCUGGCCAAAAUGGCCUUGAUUCUCUCCAGUAUCCAAGGUCUAAAGAAAAUAGCAACAAAUGGCGUUAACUAUGGACUGUACCAUGCUCAUCCUGUGGCAGAUGGCUGGCACGACAGAAGCCAUAUAGAACCUUCUCAUUUAGAUUUACCUUUUCCACCGCCGCUUCGUCCCUAAUCGUUUCAACGAUGACAAUCAUUGCUUAGACUUUUCACUAAUUCCUCUACUGAGUUCCAUCUACCUUUCUAGGACAAUCUCAUUGCGCACUAAGGAAACGAUGAAAUUUAAUAAAUCUUGCACCUCAUUGUAAAAUUCAUUAAUACAAUAAAUUUGAAAUGUGUAAUGAAUUUCAUGGCGAGGUACGGAGUUCAUUAAAUAUUAUUGUACAA